AUUUCUAAAAAUAUAAUAAAUAGCAAUUAUUUUCAUUCUAUUCAAAUUUAUUAUAAUAUUUAAACAUAUAAUAUANAAUACGAUGUGACAGAAUAUGUUCCUAAACAUCCAGCUGGUAAAUCUUUUUUUGACAAAAUGAAGGACGAGAAAUAAGAUUUUACAGAAUAUUUUAGGUAAUUAAAUAUUAUUAUUGAUAAUUUAGAUGUCUCCAUUCCAAAAAAGCUUUGAAAAUAUUAAAAUCCUAAAAAGUUGUGAAUUCAAAUUUGAAAGAAUCAGAAGAAAGCAAAUAAUAUUCUCAUAUAAAAAAAUAAGUAAAAAAGCUUUUUGAACCUGAUUGGACAAUAGAACUUGUUCUUUUUAUUGGAUUGAGUUUAGGUUUAUAUUUAGGAGUAACUAGUGAAUGGUAUAUUGCAAUUCCAACAAUUGCAUUGACAUAAAUUGUGGCUGGGUAAACAUAAAAUAAUAUUUUUAGAUGGUAAGGACAUUCAACUAAUCACAAUAGAAAUCCAUUAUUAUAUAAAUUAUCUAUUCCAUAUGGAAUUAUUCAUGGUUUUUCUACAGAUUGGUGGUAAUUCAAACACAAUAAUCAUCAUAUCUUUACAAAUAGAAUUGGAAAAGAUGAUGAUAUAAAUCAUUAAUAUUAAAUGUGGUAAUAUGGGUUCCUCUAUUUGAAGUAUUUAAAUAUUAAUUAUUUUAGAUGGAAAUUCGAUUCUUUUCUCGUAUCCUAUAAUAAAAUCGACAUUAUCUAUAUAUUUAUUCAUCAACUAAUUGUAUUCUAACAAAAAAUUUGGAUUUAUGUUGUUGCAUAAUAUAUAGCAGGAUUCUUUAGUGCAUGUAUAUUGAUAGGAAAUCAUGAAAGAGAAUAUAAAUUCUUUGAUAAAAUUGAUAAACCAUUUAUUCAACAUUAAAUCAUCACAUCUAGAAAUUAUGAUUGGACUGGUAAUAUUAUUUAUUUAAUCUUUUAGAUUGGUUAUCUAAUUUAUUAAUGGGAGGAAUGUAGUUUUAAACUGAACAUCAUUUGUUUCCUUAGAUUCCUUUCUAUAGAUUGCCUUAUGCAGCUAAAAUUAUCAAUAGAGAAUUAAAUAAAUUUGGUUAUAAAAUACAUGUUGGUAAAAUAUUAUGAUAAUUUCUAAAAAUAUAAUAAAUAGC